AUGACUUACAAGUUCUCAUUCUCUUCAUUUAUUCCUGUUUUGCCAGAUAUCGCACUUUGCAUUUUAUGCAUUGUGAAGAAUGCGAAAUUGGUCAUCAGAUACGUCUACGAAUCUGUCGGAUUCACUUACGCUCCUUCAGCUCCAAUUCAUGUUAUUUGGCCAAUCGUUCUUUACCUUUCUCUCAUAGUUUAUAGAUGCAUAUUAGCAUUAAAGAGAGAAAUAGUUUCAAUUGACCUCAAAGAUUCAUUGCUUUCGGCAACUUAA